AUGAACUGGCUCAGAGGGGGUAGUACCGAGCGCCCGGCCUCCAUGUCGUCGUCUGGCUCUGGCUGCCGCACAAGCACAAGCCCCGAUACUCCCACUGGCGACUCGAGUUCCGCUGUCGCUCCUACACCUUCUUCUUCACAUUCUGUCGAUUCGCCUUCUCCCUCACCACAACCCGCAACACCCGACGACACGACUGCCUUUCCUGCGCGCAGUCAUUAUUUUGGCGACACCGCAUCUGUAACAGCAUCAUCAAAACCCGUCAACAUCGCCGCGCCCGGCCUUCGGUCCUCGGCUAGUGCAUCGCCACCCGUCACACGCAUCCUGACAUCUGACGGGAGGGUCAAAGAAGUCGAGGCCACCCCCACUACUACCGCAGCACACCAGACUUCGACGACCACAACAGCAGCACCAGUUUCAAUCACCUUCGACAACUCUGCCAACUUGGACCAAGACGUCGACAUGACCACUGGCCCAUCCCUCGAGCCGGCCUUUGGCCGCAGCCGCCAAGACUCAUUCGUCAGUGCCGGCCCAAAGCCCAUAUCGAUGAACCCCAAUCGCGACCAGGCACGCGCCCGACGGGAGUCGCUCGCUGGCAGUCUCAUGGGCGGCAUGAGCUGGGGUGGUGUUUCUGUAGGAAGUUAUAUUAGAGAUGACCUGGCCAUGGCGGGCACAUCGCCUUUCGUGGGCGCGCAAUCGCCCCAUUCGAAUUCCUAUGUCCCCAAGAUGGAAGCACAGUUUCUCAGCAAUUUCUUUUGCUGUGAUCAGAGGCUCAAGGACAUGCACGAGCUGUUGCGUCAUUACGAGACGCAGCACGCUGGCGGUGCCCAACAGCAACGGACCAGCGUGCCGACGGGUCACCGACUCUCUGUCAGUAGACCUUCCAUCUCGAAUGGCAGUGGCCGACGGGACUCGCAUGGCUUCAAUUCCCAGAACUUUGGUUUUGGGCAACAAAAUCGUGGCAGCACCAGCAACCCAGGAUUCGGUUUUGGCGGAAUGCAAAUGGGCCGACAGCAGUCUGGACUGGGCUCGGGGCCAAAGUCGUCUGGCUUGGUAGAUAUCAGUGAUGAAAUGGAUGCCGUAGGGGAUAUGGAGAUGGACGAUGCUAUCGGUCCCUUGGAGCUUGAUGACACCAGCCAACGUACAAUUCAGCAGACACGACAAAUGUUUGGCCAGCAGCAACGCCCUCAAUUGUCUCUCAACCUCAACGGUACCAAUAUGGCACAGCAAGGUCUACGCACGUCUCAGCCGUCUACCCCUGGCGCCAACGGCUUUGGCUUCCAGAACAAUCCCACCGUCUCGUCGGUGAAUACGCCGACGCUCACCACAACGCAAACACAGAACGGUCAGAUUGGAGCCGAUUUGAAUGGUGUCGAUGACUUGACAGGCCUCGCCAACAACAUGAACCUAGACUUUUCCAACAUGGGUAAUAACCUUACCAGCUUCAUUGCGGACCCUGCAAAGAGUCUGUACAGCCCCAACAAUGCUGUUGCCCAACAGCGCCUUCAACAGCAAAUGGCCCAGUUUGGUUUGGAUCAGGCUCAAUUUGGCGAGCAGUUCUCUGACCCACAUCAAAUCGCCAUUCUGCAGCGAGCUUUGGCUGGUAACACGGGCACUCUGGUAAUUCCUCCCGAAGAAGACAAGCCGUUCAAGUGCCCUGUGAUUGGCUGCGAAAAGGCAUACAAGAAUCAAAACGGGUUGAAAUACCACAAACAGCACGGUCAUCAAACUCAACAGCUGCAUGAGAAUGGAGACGGUACAUUCUCCAUUGUCAAUCCGGAGACAUCUCAACCGUUCCCGGGUGAAAUGGGCAUGGAGAAGGAGAAGCCUCACAAGUGUGAAUACUGCAACAAACGGUACAAGAACCUCAACGGCCUCAAAUACCACAAGCAACAUUCUCCUGCUUGCGAGGCUGCUGCUAAUAUCGCCGCCAUGCGGGCGGGCUGGGCAGCUAAUGCCGCUAGCCAGGCCAAUAUCAACAUGGCGAGCUUGUCCAACAUGUCUCUUGGUGGCGGAUUAUCCAUGCACGGGCUUCCGGGUAUCGGCGAGGAAAUGCAAAUGUAA